GCGGGGGGAAUGCCGCUGGCAGGCUCCUACUGCCGCCGCCGCUGCCUCUUCCUCUUCUUCCUCUUCCUCCUCUUCUUCCUCCUCCUCGCUGGCGCCUCUCCAAGCGCAACUUCCCGCCAACUUCUUCUUCUUCUUCCUCCCGAGGCUCGGCUCUGAAGGCGACCCAGGGAAGGGCACCAACGGAGGGCCACCUUUCCUCCCUUCUCCUCUGCGUCUCUCUCGCUCUCUCUCGCACGCGCCAGGACUUGGGACUCUCCUCGAGGAGCUGAGGAAGGGAGAAAGAAGAGGAAGGGGAAAAAGGGAUCCGCGGAGACAGACAAAAGGAAAGAAGAAGGCAACGCGAAGAUGAUGCGCCUGGGAAAGUAGCGCUGUGGAAUACCUCGGACCGGCCUCUUCUUCCUUCUCCAUGGCCUUUGCUAAGCGUGAACUAAGCUGAGAAAGCGACCCCAGACCCCGCCGAGGAGGAGGAGGAGGAGGAGGAGGAAGAGGACCCUUUUGCCCUCCCUUCCUCGGAGGAUCUCUCUUUCCGCGCCUCUCUUUUCGCCGCCGGCUUGGAGAAGGAGCUCCCGCUCCUCUUUGCAAAUCGCCCCGGGGGUUUGUUUAUUGCUCUUCUUCUUUCUUCGCCUCUGGACCCGCAAGGACGCGUUUGAGGCUGUGGGAGGCCGGUCUUGAAGCCGGGUCUCGAGCGGCCGCCCAGAUGGAAAUACACUGUAAGCACGACCCCUUCGCCGCGAUGCAUAGACAUGGAGGAGUGAAUCAGUUAGGGGGUGUUUUUGUGAAUGGCCGGCCGCUCCCUGACGUAGUCCGCCAAAGGAUUGUGGAACUUGCUCAUCAAGGCGUGAGACCCUGCGACAUUUCCAGGCAACUACGGGUCAGCCAUGGUUGCGUCAGCAAAAUCCUCGGCAGGUAUUAUGAGACUGGAAGCAUUAAGCCAGGAGUUAUUGGGGGCUCAAAACCAAAGGUCGCCACACCCAAAGUAGUAGACAAAAUAGCAGAAUAUAAACGCCAAAACCCCACCAUGUUUGCCUGGGAAAUCAGGGACAGGCUCCUCGCAGAACGAGUAUGUGAUAAUGACACGGUGCCCAGCGUCAGCUCCAUUAACAGGAUUAUACGGACAAAGGUACAGCAACCACCCAACCAGCAAGUCCCAGCCUCUAGUCACAGCAUAGCCUCAACGGGGUCGGUGACACAAGUGUCAUCCGUAAGCACGGACUCAGCAGGCUCCUCCUACUCCAUCAGUGGGAUUCUGGGAAUUACAUCUCCCAGUGCUGAAAGCAACAAGCGCAAAAGAGAUGAAGGUAUUCAGGAAUCUCCAGUACCAAAUGGCCAUUCUCUCCCGGGUAGAGACUUCCUUCGGAAACAAAUGAGGGGAGAUCUUUUCACUCAACAGCAGUUAGAAGUGUUGGACCGAGUGUUUGAACGACAACAUUAUUCGGACAUCUUCACGACAACUGAACCCAUAAAACCAGAACAGUCAACAGAAUAUUCAGCCAUGGCCUCACUAGCCGGUGGAUUAGAUGAUAUGAAGGCUAACUUAACAAGUCCUACUUCGGCAGAUAUCGGAGCCAGCGUCCCAGGGCCACAGUCAUAUCCUAUUGUGACAGGUCGUGAUUUGGCAAGCACAACCCUCCCUGGAUACCCUCCGCACGUCCCCCCUGCUGGACAGGGCAGCUAUUCUGCUCCAACGCUGACAGGGAUGGUGCCUGGGAGUGAAUUUUCUGGCAGUCCAUACAGCCACCCGCAAUAUUCAACAUACAAUGACUCUUGGAGAUUUCCUAAUCCUGGAUUGUUAGGCUCUCCUUACUAUUACAGCGCUGCAGCCCGUGGAGCAGCACCCCCGGCAGCCGCUGCUGCUUACGAUCGUCACUGACACAAGGAACCAAGAGGCACUUACUAAACGUAUCAUGCCGGAUGACAUCCCUGGAAUCAUCUAGAAUGCAACUGCAGAAAUUGGACUACAAGGAAGGUUAAAAGAAAACAUCCCCACAGACCCACACAAUGAUUGGAUUGUUAUUCUUCCAGCUAGGUGAACUGUGCAUUACUUCCUGUUUUUCAUUAAUGAAAUUCGAGUGACCUUAACUGAAUCUCCAUUUUUUAAAAAAGAGCAAACAAAGAAUUGGUUUUGUUGACAUUCCCAGUGGCUUUCAAGAUACAGUAGCCUUGGGUUGCAUACCGCCGUCUUGCUUUUGGACUGACUAUAUCUCCCUGAUGCUCUUGGCCAUGUCAAGGGAAGAGGAGCAGUUCUCAAUGCUCAGCACUCUCUGUUGGAUGUCUCUCUUUCCUGCAAAUUGUAACCAGAUGUGUGAUCAAAAUGGACCAUAUCGGUUGGGUUUCAUUUUAAGAAAGGGGGCAUUAAGGAAAAAGAUUGGUCAGCUCAAAUGACAAAGCACCAAUGUAAAUAACUUGCUUCUUUGUGUUACUGUAGAGUGGUUUAGCAUCAAACACAGCAACGCAGACAACAUGAUGAAUUUGAAACACAUUGGAAAAUAUGUGUUUUGUUACUGGUGCACUGAUUCCAAGAAUUUAGUAAGCUUUAACACAACUCUGAACCAGGUUACCAUUCAUUGUGGCUAUUUCUGGGGCUAGUGUUCUUUCUACAUACAUGACAGUCUAAUAUGUUCCAUAUGUUAGCACUGACCAUAUGAACAAAUGACAAACAUGGACAGCUAGUUCCACCUUAAUUCCUGAAUAUUGAUUUACAGGUAUUUGUAACUCACACUCUCUGACUUUAAGUUGAAAGAAAUAAUUCCAAAAAACCGAAGCCUUAUGCAGAUUGAAAUAGAAAAUAUGUAGAAACUGGUUGUAUAUGGCCCAAAAGUAUUAUUAUUUUCAUGAGCAGUGGUGAACCAAAACUAAUAUGAAAACUAGGCUAAGGUUAGAAUUCGUGCAGUUGAACACCACUUAAACUGCCACAGCUCAAUGUUAUGGAAUUGGUUGUUGUUUUACAAGGUUUUUUGCUUUCUCUGCCAAAGUGUGCUGGUGCCUCACCAAACUACAAAUCUAUAUCAUUGAGCCAUGGUAGUUAAAGUCAAAUUGCAUUAACUCCACACUGCAAAUGCACCCUAAGUCUCUCUUGAUGUUAUUUAACAUGUUGGAGGUCCAGGGCCAAUAGCUCCGUGCAACCCAUCCAUAUGUUGAGCAUUGACAUAAUUAACAUCAUCAUCAUCAUCAUCAUCAUCAUCAUCAUUGAUAUCAGUUGAGAAGAAUGUGCUCACUGGGUUGUUGUAGGUUUUUUUGGGCUAUAUGGCCAUGGUCU